CGAAAGACGUGCAUCUGUUUCCGGCAGCCGAGACAAAAGCAAGACACUGCUAUCUACUGAUCGAGAUCGAAUUGUAAAUUACAAACAUACAAUAACGAUGUUCUGGACAAGCAGCCAAUCCCAUCUCCGACUGGAGCAUUCGUCAUCCUGUAACAGUUUCAAGAUGCUUUGGCGGAGAUCACCUUCUGAUGUGGGUAGAGAUGGGCGGAUCGCCAGGGGAGGCAUGGUUUUUCGAUGGAAUCGCCUGAUGAGUGGUCAGUCUCUCCCACCAAGCUUUCACAAUAGCCAAUUGUUAACAAGAUGCGGUGGCAGUGCCUCGAAGAGACGCCCUUAGCAAAUGGGAGUUCAAAAUGCGGCGGACCAGAAGAUGAAAGAAUGAAGAUGAUUCCCAGUUCUGAUGCCGCAGUGGGUCUUGGCGGGUCAGGGGACUGGGGUCAUUUCUCAGUCCCUGGAGUCCCUUUCCGACCCUUGACGUCGGCCUCACAUUCAGAACUGCAUCAAAUGUCGACUCCGGAUCUUGCUUCUCACCAAGGACAAAGUGUCGUUAAGUCUCUAGAAAAGCCCGGAGUAUGAUUUCCAAGAUUCCUUGAAAGUUCUGACUCGCUUCAUGAGAAGGACUCGUCCAGUCAGUAUUGCCAACACGUGUUCCACAGCAGGCCUUUGAUCCACCGUGCGAUAUUUAUGGACCAAUUUAUUUAUUCAACACAUUUCAUUUCCAAGGCUGGUCUCACACCAAACUGCCCAGUGGCAAAAUCGAAAAUCGACUUCCAAGGUCGAGUCCUGUCUGCAAUUGAUCCUCCAGCAAGCAGCGAUAAUACUGCCAACGCAUACAUCAAAUCAAGCAGCGAGGUGCCCACGCGUCCUCCUCGCUUGAACUCUGGAGGACCGUCAACAUGCCAGGUGCUCGUGCUCGUCUCACCAAAAAUAGAGAAGUGACGUCAAAAUUCAUGGUUACACUGAUUCAAGCGAACGAAUCAUUGUUUGUGAUAUAAGCACUAGUUUCAACACGAGAGUCCAGGCCCAGCGGCACUCCAGAAAUCAUCUUAAAAAUCAUGCUUGUGAAGCGCGGUUCAGGUUACCUCUCCGAAUGACAGUGACAGACAACAUCGAGCCGUGGUUCGACUUUGAUACCCGCGCGACAAAACAAUUUUUCUUGUCGAAUCAAGCCAGCUCCACCGUCGUACAGGAACCUUCGCCACUCCAGGAAAAGUCCAGGCCAAACAAGACCGCAAGCAGGCGGUCAGCUAUAUCUCAAAGCUCAUUUACCGUUUCCAUCAACGACAAGCCCUAUCAUGAUUUGCAGUAUAAGCUCGGAUCUAGGCGAUAAACCUUCUUGCAAUGAUUCAGAAGCUCAUGCGUCUCAUCCCAUAUCCAAUUCUUCUCACAUCUAUGCCGAGAACUCGCUGUUCGUUCAAUCGUUGUAAUAGCCUGGGAACCAGGCAAGACGAAAAGAACACCAUAUGGUCUGGAAGUACGGUCCACUGCGAGUAUGUAUGAGUUGUCCGAGCAAAGCAUCUCGCCCAUGCAAUGGUCAGUGAUGGACCAGCGCUCUACUAUAUUACCAUCAAUAUAACCCGCUGAGCUAUGUACCUUCACCAGGAGGAGAUACCUGCAUAUUCGGGAUCGAUGAUUCGAAAAAUGAUUCCGCCGUUCUCUGGCAGUCAUGGGAUUUACAACAUUCCUAUUAUUUGGUUCUAAAGCCUUGAAGAUUUACGUCGACCGAGCAAACCAGGUUCAGUUCUAGGGCAUACUUGGUUUGAGCUACUUAAUACGCACAUUGUAUAUCAAUUUCUAGAUUUCCGACGACAGCCCUUGCAUACCAGUUUUGGCUAUGAUGAAAUCCAAGAGGCCAACUUGUGGCUCGAGAGAAAAACAUCCUUUUGGACCUUGAGAAGACAAAGAUGCUGAAGGUGUCUAGGCAGAGUCGAGCACUUAUUCAGCCUGAUCUGUCUGAAUAUUGUGCCACAGAGCCAGAUUUUUUGUUGAUAGUGCUUCGCCAGGCGUAAUUGUGAAGUGACCCCCAGGGUAUAAGCCUAGGUCACGGGCCCUCUCACUCCGCCUUUGACAUUAACGAACCAGAUCUUGAUAACCGAGAAUCUGCGUUGAGUUUUGUUCAGCUGCUUCAGCUGUUCGCGGUGGGGGAGAAGAGUAACCGAGGUCCAACUCUAUCCCCACGGCUAUAGAAGGGUUCAUUCCCAGAGUUUUCAUUCUUCAUCGAUAUUGAAUACCAACAUGGAGCAACUCUGGUCACAUAUCAUCUCAUCCUAUUCUCCGUUUCAGAUAGAAUUUAUAGGCACACUUCUGGUCCAAAUCUUAUCCUUCUGGAUUCCCAGCAUCUGCUAUAUCUCCCUGGAUUACCUCUUCCCCUGCUUCUCCCAACACCACAAACUUCAAUCAGCUCCAAAACAACCCACCAGAAAAGAUAUCGAGCAGUGCCUCAAAGUCGUCCUUCAGAACCAGCUACUUACUUCGGCUCUGCAUCUCUCCCUCCUUCUCCAACAAGGCACACCCGGCUAUAGAAUCACACUCACACUUCCCCCCCUCGCAGAACUCACCCGCGACAUAACACUCAGCCUCCUCCUUCGCGAAGCCCUUUUCUACUACAGCCAUCGUCUUCUACAUUCACGCUAUCUCUACAGCCGAAUUCACAAGCAGCACCAUCGAUUUACCGCGCCUAUAGCGCUAGCGGCGCAAUAUGCGCAUCCCCUCGAGCAGGUCUUUGCGAAUGCGCUGCCAAUAUCUCUGCCACCGCAGCUUCUGGGAAGCCACAUUGUCACGUUUUGGUUGUUUCUAGGGUACGAGUUACUUAACACGGCGACUGUGCAUAGUGGAUAUGAUUUUCUGGGUGGGAAGGCGAGGAUGCACGAUGCGCACCAUGAGAAGUUUAACCUGAAUUAUGGAUCGAUUGGCUUAUUAGAUUGGGCUCAUGGGACGGAUAGGUUAAGAAAGAGGGAUUGA